AUGAUGGAGGCAUUGCGUUUAUCGCCUCCUGAUACGACAAACUCAUCGAAUAAUUCCUACAUCAUGGCACAGCCGGUGAACCGUCACGAGAACGACCCUCGUUGCUUGUGCAAUCCCCAGAGAGAGCCGUUUUACAGCCAGCUCUCACAACAUAAGAUGGGGUCGUUCGGGUUCAGUGCCUCUUCAGUGCUUAGUGGUAUUCGGCUAAGCUUUCGCUACACAGCAUCGGACGUUGCACGCCGCCCACGCAACUGUGCUAUUGGGGUUGUGGCAGUUCUUCUUCUUACCUUCUUUACUGGUAUUGUUUUGUUGUGCAUAUGGAAGGUGCCGUACAUUCUGCUGCGUCUCGCAGAGUUAAGUGUGGGGGAGGUGGACAUGGUUGUUAUGGGUGGCAGCGCUGAUGGUCCGUUCAUUAACUACACCGCGAUGAAGUCACAACUUGAGCAUUCACCCCAGGUACACGGCAUCGCCCCACGGUGGGUUCUUCGCGCACUCGCCAGAAAGCAGCAAACCGGAUUUAGCAGACAGACUGGACGUGAUCCUCCUUUCACGGAGACGGCCAACGCGAAUGUUCUUGUCAUUGACAGUGAACAAGAGCGUGCCAUCGGUAUUGGGCGGUCAUGGAGGCACCGCGAUACGGGAUUUGCGGAGGCGCAUGUAUUUUACUCUCUCUUGGAGUAUCUGCAGCUUCGUCCAAACCACGGUGAACGUAUGAGCAUUCAUAUUUCACCCCAGCUUCUUCUGCAUGGUCCCUACGCCCGAAACGAGUCUCCGAUGUUUCGUAUCCACAGGCCCAAAAAGAUCAAUGAUCUAAGUUCUUUUCUUGUCCUUCAAUUUUUUCUCAUGAACGGCAUUACUGAGGACUCUUUUAGCCUUUUGGAUGUUUUGAACCUUGAAUUUGCCGUGAACGUGUUGGAUGGCAUCGAGAGUGCAAAUGGAAAAUACCCCUUCCUCCUUGGCAACGUUGUGGUCAUGGACUACAAGCUGAUUGUGCCCGCCCUUGCCGAACAGAGAUGUGCGCUGGGGUCGCAGAUAUUUUCACCCUCUAUUGGGUUGAAGCUUCCGUCACUCACCGACCUCCUUGGCGUUCCUGAGAUGUUGGCUCAGUUUAAUCUUCUGGAAAUGGUUCCUAUUGUCGUGGUCACAAUGAAGAAACGACGCAGCAUGUAUUACCUGCCCAUGACGGAGCGCACACAGGAGAUGAUGGAGCGGAGCAACGCCAUCAUGAUUCAUGGGGUGGGGGCGGACUUUAAUGGUUCUGUGUAUUUUCCCGUGGACGCUGUCCUGAGCACCUUUGAGACGCUAAAUAUCAUGCUGCUCUCCUCGCUUAUCUGUGUUGUGAUUGGCAUCGCCACACUCUGCACCAUCUUGUUUUACUCCCUUCUCAACACAAAUGUGGAGGAGCGUCAGUUUGAGUUUGCCAUGAUACGGGCCCAAGGCAUGAACAAAAGGCACCUCUUCACGCUUCUCAUGACACAGUCAUUGGUCUUCAUUAUUCCCGGUGUUUCUCUCAGUGUAGCUCUCCUGGUGGGGAUUAAUGCCCUUCUGGAGAGGCUGCUCUCGCGAUUUACAGCUGUGUCUCCUCGUCUGGCAUUCUUACCAUUGACUCCCAUGUUGUUAGCGCUGGCACUGGGUGUUUUUCUGCCGCUGCUGGCAGGUUGGUCCCCGCUUUCGCGUGCGCUUGGGGACAGUCUACGUGAUGCCCUUGACGUUUACCGCCAGGUGCAAAAUGAGACGCGGGUGGUGAUGAUCAGGUUGGAGCAACUUGGGAUUUCCACCUUGCAGGUGUUUCUUGGCGCAGUUCUCGUUGUCUCAGGGUUUAUUGUGUACUACAUGAUUCCACUUAGCUUUGUUUUUGGCAACAUGCAGUUUCUGUUCCUGCUGCUGGAUUUAAUAUUUGUUAUGAUGGUGGUGGGGAUAUGCCUCGCCAUGUAUGUUAUUGAGCCGUACAUGGAGCGGGGACUGCUCUGGUUGAUGGUCUGGGGCACGGAGAAGCGGUUUUUGACUAUUGUCAAGAAGAACUUGUACGAUCACCGACCCCGCAACUCAAAGGUCUUCAUGAUGGUGCUGGUCAGUGUGAGUACGCUUCUCUCCUCUGGUGUGAUGUUUGUGCUGCUGUCCACUGCCUCGGACGACAUGACGCACAUAUUUAACGGCGCGGACAUCACCGUCAUCUCCUCAUCAUUUAGUGCACCUCUUGACGAAGGCGGGUUGAACGCCUUUCUGGAGCAGCGACGUGGGGUGUACGUGGAGGAUUGGGCCUACCACAGCUUUCCGCUUCACAACUACCCGCAAAUAGUGCAGCCCUCACGACUAUCCACCGUCAUUGGAAACGGCUGUGAUGUGCACAUCGUGGCGGUGACAGAGCGUUUUUUUAACACCAUCUUUCCAGAUUACAUCAUUGAAGAGGCCAGGGACCCGCGGUACACGUACAAGCGCACAGUGGACGGCAAGUACGACCUGGUGCGCAGCAUAUAUGAAGAUCCGCCUGUGCCCACGAGCACGGCCGCCCAUCUCGUUGCGACAGGGAUGCCGUGGGAGGCGAGUGUGCCAAACACAGUGAUGAAGAAGUCAUACAUUAUUCCCGCCUUGGUGGCGUCUGCCAUCCGCGACGAGAUGGGGACCGAGGUUGGGAGCGUCAUGAUACUGGGAUACAAGUACAACGUUGCAGACGUGCUCUCGACGGCCAGCUUUGCGGUCGAACCACGAGGUCUCAUGAAUCGUGUGUCAGGGUUUCCCGACAUCUCGUCGUUCCCCGCCACACUGGCCAACAGUGAGGUGCUGGUCCCGCAGGCGUACUUCAAGACUCUGGUGAGCCCCUGGACCAUUGACUACAGCACGAAGACCAACAUUGAGCUGGCACCCGGCACUGUUACGGAGAUUAGGCAGAAGAAACUGUUUGUGCGCUUGCGCAAAGACAUAAGUGCGGCAAAACGCAUCACCUUUGUCAAUGAAAUUCAGGCACACCUGAACCUUAUUUAUCAUACGGUGAGCGACACACAGGCGUCGACAGAGGAGUUGAGGGUAAUCCGCGAUUUCAUUAUGUACUUCUUCUACUUUACCUCCGUGAUAUGCAUCUUAUUGUGCGCGUUAAUGGUGUGGAUAACGUUUGUGUCAAACGUGCGUCUUAACGCACGAACGUUUGUGCUGCUACAGGCUUUGGGGUGCCGCAAGUGUGAACUUGCUCGCGUCAUCCUCUACGAGGCCCUCAGCAUCGUCCUCUCCGCAUUUAUGCUUGGCUUUAUUGUGGGUAUUUUGGUGGGCAUGGCGUUGGGACUUCAGUUAGCAGUGCUCAUGGUGCUUCCAUUUCGCUUUAGUGUACCCUGCAUGUUGGGCGGUGUGCUUUUCAGCCUCAGCAUCAUCGCUGCGGUGAUUGGUUCCAUGCUGCCCUUCAGUGCAAUCGCUAAGAAGCGCAUUGGCUCGGUGCUAAGGGCCGUGUGA